UGCACAGCGUCCCGAACCGGGGCCCUCCCUGCUUCGCCCUGCCCCAGGAACCUGCCUCCCCGGCCGGGGAUGAGGCCGGGAGGCGGCCGCGCGGGGCCCAGCACAAAGGCUUGUCCCCGGGGGCCGCCGCAGCCGCCGCCGCCAGCCUAGAGCCGCCCGCCGAAGCUGAGCCGGCGCCUUCAACUCCGCCGGUCCCCGGGGGUGGCUGCUGCCCGUCUCCCCGAGGCCCAGGGGCCCGAUCGCCGAGCCCCUUGCUCCCUCGGCUGCGGUGGGACCGGGCAGCUGCGCAGCCUCCGACUCUCCCGACCGUAGGGUGUCCGCGGAGCAUGUCGGAGGAGAGCGACAUGGAGAAAGCCAUCAAGGAAACCUCCAUUUUAGAGGAAUACAACAUCAACUGGACUCAGAAGUUGGGAGCUGGAAUUAGUGGUCCAGUUAGAGUCUGUGUGAAGAUAUCUACCCAAGAACGGUUUGCACUGAAAAUUCUUUUUGAUCGUCCAAAAGCUAGAAAUGAGGUACGCCUGCACAUGAUGUGUGCCACACACCCAAAUAUAGUUCAAAUUAUUGAAGUGUUUGCUAACAGUGUACAGUUUCCUCAUGAGUCCAGCCCCAGGGCUCGACUCUUAAUUGUAAUGGAGAUGAUGGAAGGGGGAGAGCUAUUUCACAGAAUCAGCCAGCACCGGCACUUUACAGAGAAGCAAGCCAGCCAAGUAACAAAGCAGAUAGCUUUGGCUCUACAGCACUGUCACUUGUUAAACAUCGCUCACAGAGACCUCAAGCCUGAAAAUCUGCUCUUCAAGGAUAACUCUUUGGAUGCUCCAGUAAAACUAUGUGACUUUGGGUUUGCCAAAAUUGACCAAGGUGACUUGAUGACACCCCAGUUCACCCCUUAUUAUGUAGCACCUCAGGUACUGGAGGCACAGAGAAGGCAUCAGAAGGAGAAAUCUGGCAUCAUACCUACCUCGCCAACACCCUACACUUACAACAAGAGCUGUGACUUGUGGUCGUUAGGGGUGAUUAUCUACGUGAUGUUGUGCGGAUACCCUCCUUUUUACUCCAAACACCACAGCCGGACUAUUCCAAAGGACAUGCGGAGAAAGAUCAUGACAGGCAGUUUUGAGUUCCCAGAGGAAGAGUGGAGCCAGAUCUCAGAGAUGGCCAAAGAUGUUGUAAGGAAGCUCUUGAAGGUUAAACCAGAAGAAAGACUUACCAUCGAGGGAGUGUUGGAUCACCCCUGGCUCAACUCCACUGAGGCACUGGAUAAUGUGCUACCCUCUGCGCAACUGAUGAUGGAUAAGGCAGUGGUUGCAGGAAUCCAGCAGGCUCACGCGGAGCAGUUGGCUAACAUGAGAAUCCAAGAUCUGAAAGUCAGCCUCAAACCCCUGCACUCUGUGAACAACCCCAUUCUGAGGAAGAGGAAAUUACUCGGCACCAAGCCAAAGGAUGGUGUUUAUAUUCACGACCGCGAGAACGGAGCUGAGGAUUCAAAUGUCGCCUUGGAAAAGCUGCGAGAUGUGAUUGCUCAGUGUAUUCUCCCCCAGGCUGGUAAAGGAGAGAAUGAAGAUGAAAGGCUGAAUGAAGUAAUGCAGGAAGCUUGGAAGUAUAACCGGGAAUGCAAACUGCUAAGAGACACUCUGCAAAGCUUCAGCUGGAACGGUCGUGGAUUCACAGAUAAAGUAGAUCGACUAAAACUGGCAGAAAUUGUGAAGCAAGUGAUAGAAGAGCAAACCACAUGCCAUGAAUCCCAAUAAUGAUAGCUUCAGACUUUGUUUUCUAACAAUUUGAAAAAUUAUUCUUUAAUGUAUAAAGUAAUUUUUAUGUAAAUUAAUAAAUAAUUUCAUUUCCACAUUACUUCAAGAUGAUGUAUAAAUUUAGAUACAGGAUUUAUUAAUAGUAUAGUUCAUUUUUUUGUUUUUAAGAAAAGCUCAGUUCCUAGAGAUAUAAUAUUACUUUAAGACUGUUUAGUUUAGUUGUAUGUUUGUAAGAUUGUUUUAUUUGUAAUAAAGUAUACAAAAACCAUUUGCCAGUGGUAGACGAAGGACCAACUAUAUCGAUCUUUCUGCUUAGUAAACAGUUGAAUCAAGAACUGUGGACUCCGGUUUCACUUGCCCUGUGUACUCCCUUUCCGCACUAUUGGUAGAUUAGCUCUGGUGCCAAGAAAUUUCUCUGGAUCCAUGUUGCAAACUGCCUGCUGGAACUCAUAAGAUGCCAGCUCCCACUAUGGAAGAAGCAGGGAGCUGAGCCCUCAUUUCUCUUGUCCCUAAUUCUCUAGGGAAAAGUGGUAGCAUUUCUUUUUUGUCAUACUUGUUGAAAGGUAUUGGUGUCUUUCUUAAAUCUAAUGGGAUUCUCUUUUGAGUUAAUUCCUUUCAGGUUUAGCCCAAGCUUAAGUUCCCCUCCCCUGAGGUCCUGCUUAGUUCUCUCCCCUUCCCUGGCACCCUCACCAGCUCCAUUGCUUCUUAAUUUCCUUUCCCUGUUCUUCUGGCCUCCUUAAUGGGAUGGUUUUUCUGAGAAAGUCACAUAUCAUAAAAACUGGAUUAUUAUAUCAGCAUACUAAGAUGGUCCAGUUUUUUUCUUUUAAAGUUGCCCUUUUUCUCUGUAAUAUUUCUGCCUGGGUUUUAUGUUGGCAUCCCAUUGGCUGCAUUUAUUUUGUUCAGUGCUCUUCAUUUUUAGGAAGCAUGGUUCUGGCCCAGAGAUCAGCUAUUUGAGUGGAAACAAGUCUGGAUGUUUUUCUAGUUUUCUGUAGUGCAUAUAGGCUUCCAAAACAAUCCAUUGUUAUUUAUUUAUUUUUAAAGCAGUUUUGGUGGGCACCUGUGUUAGUAAAUAGAAGAGCUAACAGGCAAACUCCAAUUCACAGAGCAGAGAAAUAGGAUUGAUCAGUAGGCUCAGGUAUUUAGUUUUAUCCUGUCAUAUUUUCUUCAGUCAAAAUCGAUCCCACAGAGCUCACUUAUUUUGACUCCUCCACUUUGCUGAGUAUGUCUUUAAGGUGACAUUUGGUUAUUACGUCUGUGUGUACGUGACUGACUAUAGGAAUAUAUGAUAAAAACACAAAGUAUCUUUUAAGAAUUACCUUAUGACUUUGGUUCCCCUUUAUCUUGGAGAACUUAUAAUUCAAGGUAUUUUUUGAGGUAAGGCUCACUAAUCUUAGAUGACCAGUAACUGUUACAAGUGGAUAUGCUGUAAGGAGAUUUCAUUACUUUUAAAAUGGCAAAACCUAGUCAACAGAAAAAAGACAAAACGUUUUCUUAUUUACUAACCAGAAAACUUAGCUGAGAGUUGAAUUAAGGGGUGAAUUAAGUUACUCUGAUUUUCAGUGAAAUGCAGUCUUUCAGAUUACUUCUUGCAAACUGGAGAAACUCUGCACUUGUUUCUGGAGCAAUUGAACACCUAUUUUCUUAUCUUAGGUCAAAGGUUCAAUAUUUGCUAGAAGGAAGGCAGUAAUUAACAUUGUUACUCUUCUUUUUCUUCAGAGGAAACUUCUGCCAUGCCCACUCUACUAUAACCUUCUCAAACUUGUUAGUUGGGUAUCUCCUGAAGGCUCAGGGUGACUUUUUCUGUCAGUGUGUGAUCUAUGUUAUGCCUAAUAGGGUACCCACAAUGAUGCUUGCCUUUGUACUCUGAGCAGCAGUUGCCUAUUUCCGUCACUUUCGGCUGAAUUAAUCUGGCCAGAUUAAUUUGUCCAGACCUGUCUAGAUGAGCACCAUGUUGGAAGUUUGCAAAUACCCUGGAGGAUGUUCCAGCUGCUGUAACUCUAAAGUGGGUCCUGCCCUGAACAGAGCUCCUUAAUAAAACAGUAGUGCCCAAAGGGCUCAGCACUGUUUGGUCUUCAAAGUGGAGUUUUGUUUGUAGACUGUAGACCUACUUGUAGCAAAUUCUGCUUUAACAUCAGUCAGGUUUACUAAUAAAGCAAAAUUUGCAUAUAACUGAAAGUGAAAUGAAACUGUCCCUGUCUCUUCUUGGCCUCUCUAAUGCUUUACUUGUGGAAAGCUCACGUAAGAACAGUUCUUGUAGGCAGGAGGUUAGACUCUGCAGUGUUCCCAUGUGAUUUGCUAACCCUCUGCUUAAUAAAACUUACUUAUUCGAAUACCUUUAGACUUUAUCUUAGUUGUAAAUCUGCUUGAUGUAAAACAACUUUCUGGCUAAGAUAUUGUGUAAGUAUAGAAUACCUGUCAGAAGUAUUGUUUGAAACAAAUAGGAAGAGCUGCGUUUUAAAAGGAAUUUUGUACUUAACGUUCAUUUGAGAAAGAACAGCUGAAGGAAUUACUGGUUAAAGAAGACAUCAAAUGAUUUAAAUCAGAUCUUGUGUGUGAAUGCUUGUGUGUGUGUGUGUGUAUUUAUUGAAGAAAAUGUGUUUUGAUUUGAGAAUUGGAUAUUGAGUAUUUAAUUUUAAUUAUAUUUUUAUUUAUUUAAAAAGUAGAAGUGUUCUUUCAUUACUGAUAUGAUUCUUUUAUGCCACAAAAAUGACUUAACCUAUUGCUUAAGACACACAGAAAAACCUUAUGUCUGUGAUAAUUUCUAAAUUACAUAAUUUUAAGAGGUUUCCUCAUAUAAAAUACAAGGAGAAAAGUCCAGCUAGAAAUCAUUUUACCUUUUUUGCUGUGAAUUUUUUUAAUGGGCUUGUGAUAUGACAGUAUACAUUAUCUUGCCAGGUGCUAAUGAUAAAUUUUAUCAUCUGUAUUACAAAUUAAAUAUUAAUUGAGUUGAUCUGUUAUGCUCAUAUCUCUGAGAUCUUGUGGUACUGUACCUUUCCUUUUUGAAUUAGGACAUUUCCCCAUUUUUGAGUGUUACUUGUAGUUAAAACCCUUAUUUUAAAGGUUUUAUAUUGUACAUAUUUGACAAUAUAAAAUUAUUUUUAUGCAA